CAUUAUCUAUGCAGCUAGCCAGGGCCAAGGAGAUGUAUUUUGCUACAGACUUCAUGCAAAAAGUGCACAUGUAGUUUCGUUUUCUCUACUCGUUAACACUGCAUCGUUAGCACGACGUUAUCUUUAUUAUAUACCAGCUUAAGCUAAGUUAGUUAUCCGGAAGGUUGUUUUGCUGGUAAUCACAGUUGUACACAGAAAAACUGCAAUAUAUACCUCAGGAGUUCGAGCUGGAUAUAUCAUUUGCAAUCUUCAUCAAAUCCGAAGGAGGCUGAACAUGCUGAGCUAUCGACUAGACUGUCCUGACAUCAUUUAUCUUUUCAGCUUUGGUCUAUUGAAUUAUCCAGAAUCUAGCCCAACUAAGACGAGCAUUGACAUCUGAGGAAUUAUCAACUGGAGAACCUUUUUUGUGUGGAACUUCUCAAUUCCUAUUGCAUUCCAGCUAUACCCCGUCGCGUCUGAUGAGUGAUUUUGAAUUUACAACACUCUGCCACAGUAUGAUGAUGGAGCUUCAGCAACGAGACAACGAGAAGGCACCGCCUUCGCAGUCUAUUCUCGGCAUCAUGAAAAACUUUAUCGACUCCGUCAACGAAAUGGACGAAACUGUGUUGAUCCCGAGCCGGUUGAUGGACAUCAAUAUGGACAACUGCGGGUCGAUGCUCAUGGACAACGACGACUCGACACGCACGUCGAUGUCGGUGAUUCCAACAUCAACCAGCGCCUUGCCCUCGUCGACGAAAGAGGUAUCCAACGACCAAGUCAGCUUGCACACGUAUUACUCGAUGUUGAAGGCGGUGAAGAGGGAAUUGGCUCGUGGACCGGUGAACGAGAGUGAGCUGAGUGAACUGGAGGACGAAACCCUCGAUGAGGAGAGUGCCAGGUUACAGGCCGAGACUGCCCGGGCCUUCAGGGAACACCUUCGUGGACUCUUCUCAAUUCUCUCACAUCUCACGGACGUUUCCAAGCAUCUGACGACGAUUUAUCAACAAGAAACUGGAGAUCACCAAUCCUGCUUGAAACCGAAAUCGUUCCACGUAUAGCCUGACUCUAGAUGAAGCAUGAACUUGCUUUAUUUCAAAGACUUCUCUCACAGAAACUUAUCGAACUGUGACAGUGAAUGAAUGAAUUAGGUCUAGAUCUAGGAGUAAAAUCGUUCUUAUCCUAUGUUGCAGUCACAAUCCAAAAAGAAAGUGCCGUGAAGAUGCAGAUUCUCUAUCUGUCGAGGAUGAUGGUAUGCAAACUAUGAAACAAUCAGUAGAUCUGUAUGAAAAAAUAAUAUUUUGAAAAUAUGUCUAUAAAAUAUUUGAUAUUUUGCUUUCAAAUGAUUAUCACUAUCACUAUCAGUUAACACUGGGUGAUGUAGCCUUUUUUGUGUAAUUCUUUCCCAAGAUUUGCAACAAUAUGUCGAUAUUAUUAUGUCUAGACUAGACUAUGGUGAAAACGUUGAACGUUUUCAAAUGCAAGAGAAUGUUUACUUAAUGUUAAUAUGCCCUGUUUAUCUUAUUGACGAAGUUUGAUUUAAUUAUCUACAAGAAGGAAAGGGCUACUCAAUCAUUUGUUAAUUGUUAUACCAACUGUCGGUCAGUUUCCCUCCCAUUUCUCUGGUUUCUCAUCCAACCAUCAUUUGAAGGGCUAAUAUAGAUCUAGACUAUCUGUGUUUGAUAUAUUUUGAUAUCAAUUCAUACAAUAUGUGAGUAACAAAAUCUAAGUUUAGUAUGGAAAUCUUAACAUUGACCAAAAACCAAAGUAAGCACAAAUUAAAUAUUUUUGUGCAAAAGUGCAAUUUUUCUAUUAUAGAUAUGAAAUGAAAUCAAAUGAAUUAUUUUAAGAAUCAUGAUGUUGCUCUCUUCAAAAAGUAGUAGAGUCUAGAAUCUAUUCAGUAUUGUUUGGUUUGGUGACAUGAAACUGAAGAAGUAUGUUACCCUUUACAGUUAUUAGUUAACUCCAAUCGUUGGGUUUAUUAUCGUUGCAAUGGUAAUCCAGUGAUCGAAAAACCUCAAAUUAUGAAAUAUACUGACGAUUGUUCAUCUACCACGCGUCUAGUGCAUGCCAGGCAUCUGUUUACGUGCAUAGACAUGACUUGUAUCAUGCUUGUGUUGACUCAUUUGCGAACAAUGCAUUCAUAAUGUCCAUCCAUCCAUAUGCACUUGACGUCCAGCUAUUGAUGCGCAUGCGCAGCUCUUUAACAUAUUUCCAGGGGGUUUUCCUAAGGUGACGUUGUUGACAAGAAGUGUUUUCUCGCUACUGAAUAUUCUACGAGAUGAGGAUUCGGGAUGUAAGCCGACUUGUCUUUUGUUUAUAAACACAUUGCAUCAAUUUCCCGCCCUUUUUGGGGUUGGAUUCAGUUUUGAGUCAUACGAUGAUCUGUUGGUGCAAUUUGGUGAUGCAACUAUUUUUCAUGAAUUUGAGCACAGUAAAAAUGUCUUCCAAAUUCAGUACUAUGUGUGAUACUGAUUGCAUUUUCGCCUCCACUUGUAUAUCAAAGAAAAGAAUUGACAUUUUAAUUGAUUUUGUUCUUGCCAGAAAUGCGGCGAAAAUCGUUCUGUUGUCUUGACAACGACAGUAAUGUUGAAUAUUAUGUUAGUAGGCCUACGGAGGUACACGCUCGGUCUUACCUCUCUAAAAAAUAAAUAUUUCCCUUUGGGCCUUAGGAGGGGGAGGGUGGGACGAUUUUAAGAACAAAUGAAGAAUUGAUCAUUAUGUGUAAUAAUUAGAUUCGAUUUAUAUUUUGGUACCACCAGUGUGAAGUUUUGUGGUGUAGUGGUUCAUUCACUCGACUCCCCAUCCAAGGGUUGAGGGUUCGAAUCUGAGCCCGGCACUAAAACGUCUUUGGGGAAGACACUACUCCACAUUUGGCACUCUCCACCAAAAAGUAAAUGGGUACAUGUACCUGAAAAUCGCUGCCUGCUGGGCUAGUCUCUCAGGAAGAUAGGUAAACACUAAACAAAGUUUAAUUGUUAUUAUUAAUGAUAUUAUUACUAAUGUUAUUAUCAUCAUCAUAAAUCUGUUCUAUUCGUUAUCUAUACAACUUUGAAAUACAGGGUCUCUAUUUAUAGACGGAAAGACAGAACUUUCCGUUUGUGAUAAUUCAUUGUAUAUUUCGAAAACCCAUUGAAUGCGAUCAUGUUUCUAUGUUGAAUCUUUCAAAGUAAGAAAAAAGGUUGCUAAUGAUUGUACAAAUUGAAUUUGCGUACAUGAUUCUUUGUGGAAUUUUCGUUCCAACUUCGUAUGAUACACUAUGAUUUAUGAAUGAAAAAAGCAUCUAAUUUUAGUUUGAGAAGAGAAAUGGACUUUCGUUGUAUAUAAGUUAUAAGAUAUUGCAACUCGUAUUACAAUUUACAUGUUCAAUGCGAGAAAAAAGAAAACGAUGAAAUUAAUAAAAAUGUGCUUUAUAUCUGAA